CCAAUUCUCUAUAUACUAAUUAAUUACUCUUAUUUUAUAUAUAUAGGUUCCGUGCCCUCAGCUAUUAUUGAUUAAGAAAUACUUAGUAUAUAUUCCAAUCAAAAUGUUUAUAAUUAUUAUCAAUUUAUGACCCCUUUUUUUUAGCAUUUUCAACGUUUUCUGUUAAUCAAAAGCCAUGCUAUUUCUUAUUUUUUAUUUUCUGGGGUGAUGAGAGUUAUAUGAGUUGCACAUGGUCCCAGGACUGUUAAAGAAUUCAAUUUACAGAUAUUAUAUGUGGUGAUGGCUCAUUAUUAUAUAGUAGAUAGUAGAUAUUAUAAACAGAUUAUAUAAGGCUUCUCCAUAGUAUAAAUUUUCCUUCUUGUAGAUUGAAUAGAAUCAUCCACUGUCGCCAUGGAUAACAGUAGUGAUGUUCCAGCACGUGUUCAGGGAAAAUAUCUUGCAAUAUUUGUCUGCUGGCUUCUUGGCAAUGGAUGUCUUUUUUCAUGGAACAGCAUGCUGACAAUUGAAGAUUACUACGUUUAUUUGUUUCCGAAAUACCAUCCCCCUAGGGUGCUUACUCUUGUGUAUCAACCAUUUGCAGUUGGAACACUUGCAAUACUGGCUUAUAAUGAGGCCAAAAUCAACACAAGAAUCCGGAACCUAUUUGGAUACACUCUCUUUUUCAUAAGCACUUUGUUGGUCUUAAUUUUGGAUUUAGCAACAUCUGGCAAAGGAGGUCUUGGAACUUACAUUGGUAUAUGCGCAAUUAGCGGCACUUUCGGGGUUGCGGAUGCUCAUGUUCAAGGUGGAAUGGUGGGAGAUUUGUCUUACAUGAGACAAGAAUUCAUUCAGUCUUUCCUUGCUGGUUUGGCAGCAUCUGGUGCAUUAACCUCUGCUUUGAGGCUAAUCACAAAAGCUGCAUUUGAGAAUUCUAAGGAUGGUCUUCGGAAAGGAGCAAUUCUAUUCUUUGCCAUAUCAACAUUCUUUGAGCUUGUUUGUGUUCUUCUCUAUGCCUUUGUUUUCCCCAAAAUACCAAUUGUGAAGUAUUACCGUUCAAAAGCAGCAUCUGAAGGAUCCAAAACUGUUUCAGCUGACCUUGCAGCUGGUGGCAUAGAAACAUUAUCUGAAGAAGUUGAGGGAUAUGAAAAACAAUCAGAGAGGAAGGGAAUCCAGCAAUUGUUACUAGAAAACAUGGAUUAUGCACUUGACAUGUUCCUAAUAUAUACUCUCACACUAUCUAUCUUCCCUGGGUUCCUAUCAGAAGAUACUGGAUCACACAGCCUAGGCACAUGGUAUGCUCUUGUUUUGAUUGCAAUGUACAAUGUGUGUGAUCUGAUUGGAAGAUACAUUCCACUAGUGAAGAAGUUGAAGUUGGAGUCCAGGAAGUUGAUAACAAUAAUGAUUCUUUGUCGGUUCCUACUUGUUCCAGCAUUUUAUUUCACUGCAAAGUAUGGUGACCAAGGUUGGAUGAUAUUCUUGACAUCCUUCUUGGGCUUGUCCAAUGGUUACCUCACUGUAUGUGUUCUUACAUCUGCACCAAAAGGUUACAAGGGUCCUGAACAAAAUGCAUUGGGGAACUUGUUGGUGUUGUUUCUCCUUGGAGGCAUUUUUGCUGGGGUGACACUUGACUGGCUGUGGUUAAUAGGAAAAGACUGGUGAAAAUCAAAGCAUAAUAAAGUCAUGUGAAUUUUUCUGAUGAAAGGAUUAGUUUCGCCUAUUCUU